CCAGAAGACAAGGCUGAAACGAAGGACUUCUCUUGGACGAGGCAUCGAUGCCUAAACUUCAAAAGAACUCCUCUCCGCACCUAGGGAAUUAUCGAUUAUAUUUUGUUUAUUUUUUGAAUCCAGUCCAAAUAUGGAGAACACGUUGAAUGAUGCUACAAGUAUUCAUAGUGGCGGCCAUACCCUAGCUUGUUUCGAUGGUCACCUUGCUACAUUGGAUGCCAAUGUCUCGGGGACAGCAUUUUUUAGCAAAGCACCCGUUUCUCUAUCUCCGAACACUUACACUCCACCUAACGACACGAUGCAAACUGGUGAAGGCAAUCAGAAAGCCAGUAAACUUACCCCGCCGCUGCCGAAGCGAUCAGACAUCACAAAAUCCGCCUCCGAUCGCCAAGGCUACAAGAUCAACGCACGCAUUCAAAGUACAUCCGUUUUCAUGAUAGACAAGUUUCAUGUCGGGCUAUUGAAGGAUUUGCCUUGCCCCGAUGAUAUCCAAACCGAGUUUGACAAAACCAUACGUCCCGAUCUAGAGAAUCACAUACGUCAGGCCACGAUGCUUCUCCCGAGUUCAUUGUCAGACGAGAAAGUGAUGACAGAAGUGGUUCUUUGCCUGGCAGGUAAAAAAUCGACACUACGCAGUGCUUCGGGUCAUUUUAUCACUCUAAGCUCAGCAUCAGGUAUAGCGACCCUAAAGCCUACUGUUUGGAUAUUCUGUGGCAGUAGGGCAUGCAGAGCAAAGGUCAGAAAGUCUGUGCAAAAUUUACUUUAUUUGGAAGAUUUUCUGCUCGCAUAUCAUGUGGAAGGGCCUCAUGUGUCUCUUCACGCACCCUGGCCGUCAGCGGGAGAAACUUCAUCUGCUCUGCUACAUUCAACUUCCAUGGCUUUCAGUAUCGAGGUUCAUCCAUCCGAUAAUUCGAUCCAUGGAAACAUGCUUGAGGCUCGUUUCGUUGCUUUCGGGCAAAUGAACAUAUACAGGUCCACGAUUGGAGGGCUUAUCAUGGUCAACGAAGAACUUUUCAUUUUGACAUCAGCCCACGCCAUUGUCAGCGCGUUUCGUAAUUUCCCCAACGACUUCGUCGGUUUGUCUGAAACUGAGAACGGGGAGGAGUCCAGUCCUGAGGAUAGUCUCACCUCAAGCUCUGAAUCAGAUGAUUCGGAAACCGACUGGCCCCCGGCAAGAUCAGGAGCUACGCCCUCGGAAAUGCAUCCAGACCGAUGUCAAUCCUCUAACCUUCGAUCUUCAAGAGUACCAUCAGCAGAAAGCCCACGAUAUCCAAGUAGACCAUUCAUAUAUGAUGAUUAUCUAUUAUCACAUGUCAUGGUCGCCGAACCAAAGAUCUUGGCCUACAUGGGCUCGGGUACUACCACUGGGGAUUAUUCAUUCCAGGAUGAAACAAAUGAGAGUUCAGACUUCAUGCUUCUUGAUCCAGGUACCAUGAUUCAAAUGAUGUCUCGACCCGACGGGAAAGUCCCGUUAAAUCAGUAUAACGACCCAAAACAGAUGCACGACGUGCUUAUUUCGAGUCACAUCGAAGCAAAUCAACUCUCGGGGGGUGCGGUGUGGAUUCUAUCCAAUUCACAAGACUCACCUACUCAAGGGUUCCUCUUGAAAGGUGAUUCAUCUCUUAUCUUAAGAGGUGUUGUAUUGCGAACGCGAAAGAUUCAAGUAGCUCAACCCGGCUUUCAUGGAAUGUCAGGGUCAUGGGUGGUGCGAGACGGUCAAUUGUGUGGCAUUAUCUAUGCGGCAUAUGAUCGAAGCCCGUACCUGCACAUGCUAACUGCAGACCAAGUGUUCGGAGACAUUGAAAGCAUGUUGGGCCACUCUGUGAGAGUAGCAACCCCAGCGGAUGUAAAUUGUUAUAUCCAGCAAAAUCUUGGAAGCCGACAUCGAGAUGAACUGAAACAGCAAAUUCCUGAAAGCCGACGGCAAAUUCAUGAAAGGCGACGUCGAGUUGAACUAAAAAUAAAAUUGGGCACAAUUGAUGCCAUGGCUACCAAUCCACUGGACCAGACGAUGGGCUACGAAGGCGAUGGUGCUGAUGGAUGGCGGGACGUUCAUAGCGCAAACAGUAACAGUGACGUUGCAGAGACAUCAAGCAAGGACGCCUCCUUGGGGAGAGUCACCUCCGCACCUCGUCCUAAGUGGUUUGACAAGACUUCCUUGAAUGAGACUGUACAGAAUCCUGGCCAACUGAUAAAACCUGCCAAUUUCAACAGUUCACCUGCCAAUUUCAACAGUUCACACUUUAAACGACGAGCGGAGGGGUAUCAACAAUGGGAAGACUUGCGACAAAUGGAAAACUAUCAACCGCCGAACGAGUCAUGGCUGACAGAGCAUCCAAUAUCAAGCUCAAGUCCUAAAUUGCGUCGUAGUGAGCGCGGUGUAACAAAAAGCACAAAUGCCCAGACGUCCAAGCCACGAAUGUCGCACUGACUUCAUACAACGUAAUACAAUACCAAAAAUCCGUGAGGAGAAAUCCAUUUCACCAACACUUUGGAACGGAGUGCCCCAUAAUCACUUUAGCAAAACAGCUAGGCAGGUCGUGAGGCACAGUAAUUUUUAUGUUGUAUUCAAUCCGCCUUAUUCGUAUUGUGAAGGGAGAGACGGUGAUUAGGGCGCAUUGACGUACUUUUAAACAAAGAGUAGGAAUACGCUUGAUGGACUGCAAGAUUGCUAUUGAAUUCGUGCGCUCAUGUGGAUAAUUCGCUACGACAGAAACGGAUUCGUCAGCAACGGUGGACAGUUUGGAAUACUUUUCUCUUUACUUAUGUUUGGUGUUGAAUUGAUGUUUCGCCAAUUCAAGCCAUGCUCUAUUGGAAGAAAAAAAAUAUGGAGCUGUAAAUCUUUCUAUGGCCAAGUAUGUCAUUGUAAGCUUAUUGAUGUUGAACAUUAUGGAAGCCA